AGUCUUCAUCCAGCGGUUACGGGCGUGAGUCCUCCGCCGUUUGGGGGUGGUACGCGACAGACCACAGCUAAACAAAACUGAUCGUUGACAUGUUCUCUCCCUGUUGUACAUGCAAAUUCGUACCCCCCCCCCCAUCCUGUAAAUAUACAAUUAUUGAUGAUAAGAUCUGUACAGUCAUUGAUAACAUCCGUCUGUAAACCUUCGUUCAGAAAGUACAAAAACACAAGUCAGAGCUGCUAAUUCACACUGAAACGAAUCUCUGCUAAGAUGUCCUCGUGCUUCGCUAGCUCUUCAGCUUGUGUGUUUCUGUUUGGCUUACAAGCAACUGUAAUGCAUCACUGGCUUUCUCACUCUGGCCAGUGAACUUCAGACAGGUUUAUAAAUGAUAUGGCAAGAUACUUGUGGGGCUACAGAAAAGGGGCGGUGAAAGAUGGAGCAAUAAGGAUGGUGCGGAUAUGUUUUGUGAGAAGACAAAAAGGAUCGGGGGGGGGUUUGGGGGUGUUGACUGCGAAGUACCGUCUAGCCCACUAUACUGGGUCUAUUAAUGACGCGUUUUGAGUGAGACGAGUGGGUCACUUUGUUGGCAAGUAAAAUAGACUGGCAAGACCAGCCUACCACCGCUCACGACAGGCCCAAGUGACAAACCUCGUCAGCUAUCCAGUUGUUUCCCCCGCCAUCCUAGCGACCACUAACGCUGGACCAGCCGAGCAUGACUGGUAUAAGUCGAAGAUGAAUGAAUGUAUUUUUAGAGUGUUAAUGGACGAUCAAUGUCGACGCAUCAUAUUCCCCGAAGAAUAUUUGUCGAUGUAAAACUUCAUUGAAUAUAAACUCUUCAGUCCCUUAAUUCUUGCUGGUCACACGAUAUGCGAAUGCAGACACGAAUGGCUGGCUUACGAGAUUUGAGCAUUAAUUAGUGGUCGAUAUUCGAGCUUUCCAGCUGGGGAACAGCGAUGGGAAGAAGUGCGAUAAUUAUUAAGUGGGGAUGUUUAUGAGGCACGUGGACCCUAGCUUUGUUUUGAGCAUGCGCUUUAUGAGUUCUCCGCGCUCGAGUCGUCUUUCCCUCUGUGGUCAAUAUUUCUGUCCAAAGGUGAAAGAAGAAUGACUGGAAUCGCUCUUGUACGACUUCAUGAGGAAAGGAAGCAAUGGAGAAAGGAUCAUCCACACGGUUUUGUGGCAAAACCACGAAAAAAUUCUGAUGGAACAUUAAAUCUCUUUUUUUGGGAAUGCAUGAUACCUGGAAAGAAAGAGACCAUCUGGGAGGGAGCAUUACUCAAGCUGAACAUGAUUUUUAAUGAAGAUUAUCCAAGCACACCACCCAAGUGUAAAUUCAAUCCACCAUUGUUCCACCCAAAUGUUUUUCCGUCUGGUACAGUGUGUCUCUCACUUUUAGAUGUUGAAAAAGAUUGGAGACCAUCGAUUUCUGUAAGACAGAUACUGGCUGGAAUACAAGAAUUGCUGACAGAGCCAAAUAUCAACGAUCCAGCACAGGCAGAUGCCUACUCAAUCUACAUAAAGGACAUUAAUGAAUACAACAAAAGGGUCAAAGAGGAAGUGAAGAAGAAUUUAGAUCCAUCAAUUCCCUUAAAAUAGCAGUGUCCUUGUGAACUGAACUGCUCCAAAAAAUAUAUUGUGGGUAUUUCAAGACAUAGCAAUGGCAUAGAUUCAUCGUUUUGCAUGUUUUCACAAUGGUAAUUUCUGUUUAUAAACCUGGAAAUUCUCUUUACAUAUAUUAAAAAUGUUAUUUGAAUGAAUAAAUCUUGUUAUGUGAUUCUAUUAAUGUUCUGUAAGUGAAUGCUGCUGAGUUGCAUUUUCCUAAUUUUUUUUUUUUUUAAACAAGCAUUUCAGUUUUUUUCACAAACUUAGUCUCACUUUAGAUUUUUCUCUAGUAUCUAUUAUUGUAUUUGUCUAGCAUUCUAUUUUCGAAAUCUCUCUGAAUUUUAUAAUUGUUCUUAAUUUUUCCAAAUCUCACCUCACUAACACUUUCAUUACAUGACUGUACAGUUUGUCUACACGACUUCUCAGUUGGCAUUAUUGAAUCCCCUGGGUACCCUUAAACUUCCAGCCUGUUUAGCUGACAUUUUGAGAAAACUUUGCCUUUACUAUGAUUUUGUGAAUGCUGACAACCCAUCGCUACCGUGCUGGUCGUUGUAAACACCGCCUUUUGAAAAACUCCACCACCUGCUCUGCCUCAUGUCCUUAUUCUGCUGACUGUCCCUCGUCACUUUUAUGUAUGUUAUUUUCCUGUCCCUUGUAUGCUGUCCAUGUUUCAUUCUUGUUCUUAAGCACUAAGAGAAUGCUCC